AUGGUUGUCUUUGAUUGGCUUAGAAUAAUCACUCUUAAAUGUUCUAUCUGUGACUUUGGUCUUGCAAGAGUAGCUUUCAAUGACACUCCAACUGCUAUUUUUUGGACGGAUUAUGUUGCGACAAGGUGGUACAGGGCUCCAGAAUUGUGUGGAUCCUUUUUCUCAAAGUAUACACCAGCAAUUGAUAUAUGGAGCAUUGGUUGUAUCUUUGCUGAACUUUUAACUGGGAAGCCUCUUUUCCCUGGGAAAAACGUCGUUCAUCAAUUAGACCUUAUGACCGAUCUGCUUGGAACGCCAUCCGCCGAAGCCAUUGCCAGGGUAAGGAAUGAGAAAGCGCGGAGAUACUUGAGCAGCAUGCGGAGGAAAAAGCCCAUUCCUUUCUCUCAGAAGUUCCCUAAUGCCAAUCCCCUUGCACUUCGUUUAUUGGAAAAAAUGUUGGCAUUUGAACCCAAGGAUCGACCUUCAGCAGAAGAGGCUCUUGCUGAUCCAUAUUUUAAGGGUUUAGCCAAGGUUGAGAGAGAGCCUUCUGCUCAACCAGUUACCAAGAUGGAAUUUGAAUUUGAGAGACGAAGGAUAACAAAGGAAGAUGUAAGAGAGCUUAUAUACCGAGAAAUUCUUGAAUACCAUCCUAAAAUGUUGAAAGAGUACUUAGAAGGUUCGGAACCAACAGGCUUCAUGUAUCCAAGUGCUGUUGAUCAUUUCAAGAAGCAAUUUGCUUUCCUUGAGGAGCACUAUGGAAAUGGUGCGACUGUUGCUCCACUCGAGAGGCAACAUGCAUCAUUACCCAGGCCAUGUGUAUUGUACUCUGAUAAACCAGUACAGAACUCAGUAGAGGUCACAGAUAACCUUUCCAAAUGUUCCAUCAAAGAAGUUGAAAAACCACCUUUGGAUAGGAGUUCAGGGAUACCUAUGACAAGGCUCCCUCUUCAAGUUCCUCAAAGCACCCAAAGUGCUGCAAGACCCGGGAAAGUUGUCAGUUCAGUAUUGCGUUACAACAAUUGUGGAGCUGCAGCAGCAGCAGAGGCUCUUGAUCAGCGGAGGGUGGUUAGAAAUCCAGCUGUCUCUUCCCAAUAUCCUGCCAGUUCAUAUCAAAGUAGAAACCCCGUAUGUAAAAAUGAUUCUGUGGAUGAUGAAUCCGUUGAAAGUUCCAAUGGAUUGCAGCCAAAGCCUCAAUACAUGGCACGGAAAGUUGCUGCUGCUCAAGGCGGUAACUGGUAUUGACUGUGUUGUGUUAUUCUUCUUGUGGAUUCAAUUGCAUACAGUCAGCUGAUGACCGUGGUUAGGUGUCACCGCGGAUUGAUCUGCUCUCAACUAGGAAUCAUGAGAUUCAAGUGGUAUGUUUUACCAGCACAGGGCCUGCAGGGACUGAAAAGCUCUCAAGUUGUAAUUUAUAGCACUAACUAGAAAGGUGGAAGGGGUAAUUUUAUGUGCCACUGCCCAUGACCCUGUUCUUGUAUGAUCAGAACAAUAAACCAAGAUACAAGGCAUGUCCUCAUGAAUGAGGAAAAGGCAAGGCAAUUCCUUGAGUUACCAAUUUCUUUCUGUUUUCUCCUAAUUCUUUUCAAAUUAGAAUUAAGUUAUUA